AUGGAGGUGAUUGAGGAGUUCUUGCGUCUCCGUCGGGAGGGCAAGGGCGAAGAGGCAUACAAGCUUUUGGCGCCAGGUGCAUCUAUGGGGUGCCCGUGGGGCGGAAUGCACCAUGGUCCGCGCGUCCACGAUCUGCUGAUAGAUGAGGCGCGGUUCGCCAAAAAGGGAUAUCUCGACGCGGUGCCCAUCGAGAAGAUUGAUGAGGGAACGUACCAACGAAAGUUUCAGUGGGACAGAGGAAUGGCGGAGUUGGGCAAUAGCGGCUAUCGCUUUCUUGGGGUGCUGCCGAUGUGGAGGGAGCUGUACUUUGUGCGGGAUGGUAAAAUCGGCCUAGUCACUUCCGAUAAGAUGCUGAAGAGGAGGUCACUGGUCCAUGCACUUUUCGGUACUGGUAGUGCAUAA